AUGAUUCGACGUCUGAUCACAAAUGUUGGAGAUUUACGAGUACGACGAGUGAAUUUCACUAUUUCUCUUCCACUGCGUUGUCGAUCAUCUUCUAAAAUUUAUUAUUACGGAAUACGCAUUUUAUUUGCUUUAAUAAUUUUUGUCGUUUUUCUAGCUUUUACACUGCCAUCAAUUCCUAGUUUUAUUGAUCAUGAAUUCUAUCCAGAUGUUGGUUCAGUUUCAUUUCGAUUCGUGUCAAAGUCUGACGAGCUUUGUCCAUGGAGAUUGACGAAUGACGAAGCGCGUGUGGCUGAACUUAAGCGAAUUCUUUCUUCUGUUCGUCGCGAAUUGCUUGCAGCUUCAAAUCAGCUUCAGUCUAUUAAUGCUGAAUAUGAAUUUUUAUCUAAACAGGUUUUUGAUCGAAAAAAUGAAUUGAAAAUUCUUCAAUUGGAAAUAGAAGAAAGUAAACUUCUUCAAAAUGAAUUACGUGAUAGAAAUAAUAUACGUGUUUUCCUUCCGUUGAAUCCAUUUCAAAUACAUUCCAAUGAUCCCAGUGAUUUUAAUCAACAAUUCGAGAGUUUUACUAGGCAUGCAUCAGUUAAAAUCGAUAAUUUUAUAGACACAUCUGAGUCAUCAUUUGAAUCCAUUUUUGACUUCAGCCGUUGUUCGAUCGCUGGUGGAUUCAUUUUUUAUUUUUAUAAUAUAAUACCAGUGGAGUGGUCAGAAUUAGCUUCACAAUAUAUUCGAUAUAUCGGACAAAGUGCAGAAAAGACAUCGAAUCCGAAUGAGGCUUGUCUGAAAGUAGCUGUCAUUGAUUCCACGAUUAAUCUCAACUCAUUACCAUUUUGGAAUUCAGGCGUAAAUCAUGUUAUUUUAAAUUUGGGAAAUCAAUCAGUAACAAAUUAUUCUAAGGCUAUCGUUGUUUCUCCAAAUUUUUCGAAAGGAAGUUAUCGCCAUGAUGUCGACUUUGCCAUAAUGUUACGAGUGCCUGAUUAUUAUAAAAACGAAUGGAAACGAUUACCUUCCAUAUUACCGUUAUCACGCAAGUUUUUGCUUGUACAUGUUGGGUCAAUCUCACGUGAUUAUAUGUACUUGCGUGAGGAAUUCGAGCGUUUUGCAAGGCAUGCUUCCCAAAUGGGUGAUGAAACAUUUCUUGAAGUUGACUCAAAUUUUUAUGGAAAAUCUACAUUUGCAUUGAUUCUGCCUUCAUUGGACACAGAUUCUUCUUUUGUUUUCCAUGAGCAGUUACUUGAUGCUCUUGAACAAGGAUCUAUACCCAUAAUUGCUUCACUUCGUGUACCACUGCCUCUUUCGGAUCUCAUCGACUGGCGUCUGGCUGUUUAUAGAUUAGCGCCACAGAGAUUGCCGGAACUUUAUUUUAUUCUGCGAUCAUUUUCUCCUUCAGAUAUUCUUGAGAUGAAGCGUCGUGGUCGAUUCAUCCUGCAAAAUUAUUUUUUAAAUACUAGAGUGGUUGCUGCCUCAUUAGUAUCAGCACUUCGUCACCGCAUCGGUGUUCCUGGUGAGAAAGGAGCUGAUGUUGCUGCUGAGCCUCUCUUUGGUGAUUCAUACAUUGCACCAAAAUUGGUACCAAGUGGAGUACCUCAGUUUGAAGAAGAAUAUUUAGGCCCACCAGAAGCACCCCAUAAUUCUCCAGCAUACACCCACAAUUUUACAUCUCUUCAAAUGUACUCCUAUCAAAUCUGGAAUGGAAUAGGCGCAGUUGCAAGUAGAUCACUAGAGUUUCUUGCUUUAGAAUCAGCAUUCCCAUCAGAAUUCGAAUUUGGCGAAGGUGCUUCGCUAGGUUUUCGACCUAUAUCACCGGGAUCAGGCAUUGAAUUUUCUGUCGCAUUAGGUGGCAAUCGAAUACGCGAACAAUUUACUGUACUUAUGCUAACUUAUCAAAGAAAUGCUAUAUUAUUUGCCUCACUGGAAAGGCUAAAUAAUUUGCCAUAUCUCAAUAAAGUUAUCGUCAUAUGGAAUGGUGGAGAACCUCCGCAGGAAAAGGCAUGGCCAAGAUUGCACGUUCCUGUUUUCUUCAUCAAAACGCGGUCAAAUUCUCUAAACAAUCGUUUUUUACCAUAUAAGCAGAUUGAAACUGAAGCGGUCUUAUCAGUUGAUGACGACAUUGAUCUUAAACAACAUGAGAUAAUUUUCGCAUUCAGAGUUUGGAGAGAAAAUCGACAGAAAAUUGUCGGUUUCCCAGCUAGGCAUCAUGCUAGAUAUGAUAAUCAAAUGUAUUACAACAGUAAUCAUACAUGUCAAUAUAGUAUGAUAUUAACUGGAGCUGCAUUCAUACAUAAGUCAUAUUUCUAUGCCUAUACUUAUGGAAUGUCGGAAGUAAUCCGUGAAAAAGUCGAUGAAUUGAUGAACUGUGAAGAUUUAGCUAUGAAUUUUUUGGUAGCUCAUCUCAUUAGACAACCGCCAAUAAAAACGACUAGUAAAUGGACUCUUAAAUGUUCUGCUUGUCCGGAAAUGCUCUCGCAAGAUCCUUCCCAUUUUUUGGAACGUCAUGAUUGCAUACGUUUUUUUACUCAAGUUUAUGGAUAUAAUCCACUUCUUUUCUCUCAGUUUAGAGCUGAUUCAGUUCUUUUCAAGACCCGUCUUCCUCCUAAUCAUCAAAAGUGCUUUAAAUUUGUGUAA